AGUUACAGCGUAAACAGCUGUCGAUAUGUGUGACGAGAUCCCGUGUAACAUUAAGCAACGCUUCAAAGGGGUGGAAAACUUUCUUCGUAGAAUUGCGUUCAAUUUAGGAAACUCGCCAUCACAAACUGAAGUUAAAAUUAUCUCUUGCAUACCAAUAGACGUCACAGAUUUACAACAAAAAAUAUAUGAUUUGGAGAGAAUUAUCGCAAGAUAUCAGAAGCCAUCUGCAAUCGUUCACACGGCUCUCGUCGAAACUGGAACCACUGGUGUCAAUGCUACUCCUAUAAUAGAGGACAUUAUACAGGAAGAUACUAGCCGUGUAAUUGAACAGAGAACCCUAUCUUAUCAUAAUAGUCCGAUGCCUGAACUGACUGCGGUGGACCAGAAUGCCGAACAAAAUUUGAUACGUCCCUCUACGUGCACCAGUUACACGACGGUUUUCAGCGAUGAGAGUAAAAAUGCCAAUAGAAACUUUUUCCGUAAAUCGAAGAAGAAGUUGCCGAAGAACAAACCUAACAGGCAAAAGAGUCACUUUGUGUAUUAUGCACAAACAGACAAUUCACCUUUUAAAAGUCAUUUCUAUGAGAAGAAAACAGAGCCAAAAUUGAAAAUGAAAAGGGAGAGCAAUGAUCCACAUAAUUUAUUCUUGGAUGACGUUAUUAGCAAACAAUAUAAACCAUUAAUAUACAGAGAAAGUGACUUCUCUUCCCCGGUCUGCAGAGACAUAGAAAACUUACCCGCAGCCACUCGUACCGCUGGGUCUGAUAUCUGCUCGUGUUGUCACAUGGACUUCCUGAAUAUUGACAAAAAUAAAGAUAGUCAAAAUUUCAAUUAUUCACCUAAGUUUCACGAACAAAUGAAUAGUCAAAAUAUGUAUUACGACUCAAGUCUUUAUGAUUUAGAGCCCGUUAAAGAAAACCCAGUUAAAACGAAGAAGACAAUGGAUAAACCUAAAACAAAAAAGCAACAUAAAGACGAGUUUGAUUUCUCGAAUUACAUGGAUUAUUCUUAUGCCGAUAGAUCUUUUACUCAUCCUAUGUAUGUUAAUUAUCACACUUUAAUUCAACCCCAACCUUGGAUGGGCCAAAAUUUACCAAAGAAAAUAUCCACUCGCAAAAGGUGUAAUCGUAAGACUGCCAAUCGACGAAUAGAUGUUUGCAAUGUAGCAGAUGAAGGUAUACAAGAAGACACCUCAAACAGCUGUCGCGUUGAAUGCAGUAACGUGUACAAAAAACCACCAAUUAUUCACAAAAAACCCGAACCCCCAAAGAAGAUAGAAAUGAAAGUUAACACAGUUACUUUCAACGACGCUGAGACAGCAACUUUAAAUAAUACCGAAUGUCAAACUACGACUACAACGCAAAACGCUGAAGUUGAUUCAAUUCCUCCAUCAGAGGGCAAAACUGAAGAAACCUUAAACCAAAUAAAAACUAUAUUGCAAUCAGUGCUGACUGAGGUAAAAACAUCUAACUUAAAACCGAGUCUACAAGAAGAAAAAUCAAAGAAAGAUGCUGUUGUUCAAAAGGGUACAUCGCUCGGUAAUAUGCCAGGAAGCUCGCGUCUUUUAAACAGUUUCUCUUAUGGCACUUACAACGCAGGACCUCAUGGAGCAGCGUGUUCGUAUCCAAUAAAUUCCGGCCAUCACUGGCCAGCCAUGCCAUAUUCUCCAAAGUGUUUGCACAAUUUCCCAGUCUUCAUCCAAACACCAGGCCGCGUUCCUUAUGCCAGUUGUUAUAGAAACACCUCGCAGAUGUCCAAACCAUCAACACAUAAAUCUGCUCGAAAAGCUGCUAGCGCCGGUACCAACACCGAAGGACGUAACAGCGAAACUGAGAAACUGAUAAAAGAAAUCUAUAAAUCUAUAGCUCUUAAUAUCGACAUCCCGAAGAAAGAAACUUCAGUUAGCAACUGCAGUAGCUCCUGGAAGCGAUCCACUCGCAGUUCUACAAAGACCAAUUAUAGAACUGAUAAAAGUGUGAGCACGAGACAGGGCAUUAUGCCACAACCAGUGUACAGACGAGAUUAUUCGACGCCAAUAACGCAGUAUAGUUCAAACACGUUAACAAAUAGCAGAAAAGAUGCCAUGAAUUCCGUUCCAUUGACGCCGUUCAGUUCAAAUACUUUUAGCACUAAGAUGACGUCCAACACAGUGAGUGUGCAGUCCCACGCCAUGACUACUGACGACCGCAGGAUACGAAGCAAUAGAAUUGGUCGGUAUCUGGACACCACCGAGGAGAUGCCUUCUGAAGAGAGUGCUACGAUGAGAAGCGUCCAAAUAGAGCACCGACCAGCUACUGCGAACACAGAAGUUUCUGCGGAAUUAUCUAGUGACGACUGUAGCGAUGGAACUGAGAAUAGUCAAUAUCAGAUGACUGAUGCAAAGAGUGAGAAAAGACAGCGCACCAAUUUAUUCUCGAAGAUGUUCAAGUCGGUGAAACUAUUUAAGAACAGAAAGAGGAAGUCACAGAAGUCGAAACUGAGUUCGGAGGAAGAGCCGAGCGACUCCGACGACUAUCAGACUAUAUACAGUCAGCAAGUAGAACAGGCACGAAGGCUCCCAAAGCAAAUGCAACAGCCGGCCCGUAAAGUUCCACAUUCGAAGGUAUCAUAUUCGAGGCAGCUUCGAGGUCGUAACCAAGAGAAGCUGCGCCGGGCGACCAUGGAGCAGGAGUAUCGAAGACAAUGGAAUGAGCAGCUCAUGUACCAGCAGCGGCCACGGUACUCCACUGACCAGUCGGAGCACAGCUAUAGAGGCACACAGAGGUUCCAGAACAGCUACGUAGCCAGGCCAGUUAUGGUGGAACAAAGUAUACCAGUGCAAAAUACUAUGUUCCAAGACAUACUGACGACCAUGCCGCAGCAGAGGAUGAGCAGGCAGCCGGAGAUGCGCGUGAGAGCGAGCCCGCCCAGAGGGCUGUCGUGGUUCAAGAAGCGCAUGCGCUGCGGCGAAAAUAUUGUUCGAAGUUUAAUUGUUGAUAAUUAA